CGUUCCUGUGUGUUUGUUACUUGUUAGUGGCGCUCCAUUUUGCAAAGGUGUCACCUGCUCUUCUCCACCUACCAAAUUCUUCUUCGUCUUCCUCCUUGAGCUCAAUCCUAUCCAUUAACCGGUGAUCGAAACCUUCCCCACCAUCGACCAUCAACAACCAGAAAUUUCUUCCGUCUUCUCCAGACCUCGCAUGCUCUCGUCCUCCGCGUUCUUUUUCCCAGAGCAGAGCAGGUAGUCAGUGGUGGCCGGCCAUGAUCCGCGAGUUCCUUGCCGUGGCGGCACGCGCGGCGCUGGAGUGGGCGCUGGCGUCGCUGCUGCUCGCCAACGGCGCCGCGUUCUGCCUCAUCGCCGCCGUCGCUGCGCGCCUCCGCCUCGGCCCGCCGUGCAUCGCCUGCGCCCGCGUCCACCGUCUGCUCUGCUCCUCCUCCUCCUCUGCCACUGGCGACGAACGCGACGCUCUGCGCCGCCUCCUCUGCAACGCCCACCUUGCCGCCGUCGCCGUGGCCAGCUCGGCGACUCCGGAUCGCUGCGACGGGGAUAGUGUCUCGGAGACGAUGGAGGCAGAUGAUCCGAAUAAGAUUUCAGGCAUGGAGACUCACCGCGUCGUCUCCAUCGGCAGCGAGAUAUGCGAGCAGGACCAAGACGGCAACAAACCCCACGCCGGCGACCACAUCGCAAGAACCACCAGCACCGACGACAGCAACGGCCCGCUCGUUUCCCUCUUCGAGCUCGCGCCGAUCGUCUCGCGACCGCGACCACGGGAGGACGACGAUUCCAUAGACCAGCAGCAGCAGGCGACGAUGCCAGAGUCGUCGCUGACCAUGGACGACGGCGACGAGAGCGUCACUCUCGGGGAGCUGGCCACCGCAUUCAGGGCUCAGAGAAGGGAGCUGCACGCACUGCGCGCGGAGCUCGCCGCCGAGCGGCGCUCGAGAGCGGAGGCGGAGGAGUACCAGCGGCAGCUGGAGGAGCAGGGCGAGCUCGACCGUGAGGCGGCGCGGCUCGCCAUGCAGCUCGUCCACGAGAGCGAGACGGAGAAGCACGGCCUGCAGCGGCAGCUCGACGCGUGCAGGGUCAGGGCGCAGCUCUACCAGUCCGAUUCCGGAGGAGGCUGCCGGGAGUCGAACGGGAGUGAUGGCAACAACUACCAGUCGCUCGUGGACUUCUUGCCGGGGUCAGUGUACUCCUCCUCGCCGGACCUGGCCAACCUCCUUAAACUCUACACUGAAUCUGGCAAUGCCGGCCGUCGUCAGAGGGACGAUUACGACGUGCCGGCCAUUGCGGUGGUUGAGGAGGCAGAGGAGGAGGAAGAAGUGGCCGUCGCCGUCACUGUCAUGGCUGACACUGAAUCUAGCAGGAGUGUUGAUUCUACAUCGGCCAUUGUUUCUGAAUCUUUACAAGAAAGCUCCAAUACUUUUCACGUCGAAACAGUAACGGAAGCCGCUUAAUUUGCCCGGUCAGCACCUCGGGCCUCGCCCAUGGAGGAACACCAAAACACAGUAAUAGAAUGCUUUCUCUUGUAAAUCGAUUUCUUUUUGUGAAUAUUGCAUAGUUUCUCUCUCUCUUGCAUACAGAGCUUGAAGGUGUGAGGUGUGUGUAUUUAUAUUA